AAGGUACUAUUUCCCAAAAUCCACCAAAAUUUUCAAAAUGGUAUCUAACCACGUAAGAUAUUCAUUCCACGUAAUAUUUAUGUCAGUGAAUAACAUUUGUUUAUGAACUUGAGACCUUGAGUAUAUAUUGUUUCUGUAUUUAUCGUUACCAAAAUCUGAGUGUAUAUUAGUCGAAUAACUCCACAAAGAAAGUCCUUAAUUUCAAUAACGGUCAAAUUUUAAUUUAUUUCCUUUGUUUUGGUCAAGUAUUUAUUUCCUCUUUAUAGUUCAAAUUAUUAGGGGUAUCACAAUAUAUCUAUGUAUUUAAGUUCUUUCCUUAUGUAUGGUCAAAAUACAAAAAAAUAAAUAAAUUGUUUUCUCUUAUAUAACCCUUAUCAAGUUUUAUGUUAAGUUAAAACAAAAAAUUUCCCAAAGUCAAAGAAAAGAAAAGUUUGUCAAAGCAAAAGAAAAUAAAAAGGUAUCCAAUUGUAUAAAUUGAGACAUACCCAUUUCUUCUAUUUCUCUAAUCUCUCUCGUUUUCUCCAAGACAUUAUCAAGCCGCACCAUCACAAAGCUUGAUAACUAAAAAGCUUCCUCCUUUUUUUCUCUCUGAAAAUUUCCGGGAAAACAAGAGACUCUUAAAUCAAGAAAACUCUCUGCCAAAAUCCUCAAAAUCAAUUGAUUGAACGAAACCCAUCAAUCAAAUCCCCUCGUUUCUCAAAACCCAUAUCUCCUUUUCUUCUCUCACCUAGAUUUUAGCCGUAAAGUAAUCACCUUUUCAACUUCUCAAAAGCCCUCUGUUUUCUCAUCUCUCUCUCUCUCUCUGCAAGGACGAUGAAAGAGUAUUGGACAUCUUUGGCUUCGCUACUCGGCGUUUUAGCCUUUUGUCAAAGCCUAAUGAAUUCAGUAUUCCCACCGGAGCUCCGUUUCGCCUUCUUGAAACUCUUCAACAGAGUCUUUAAACUCUUCUCCACCUUCUGUUACUUCGACAUAACAGAGAUUGACGGCGUCAACACCAACGAGCUUUACAAUGCCGUCCAGCUUUACCUCAGCUCCUCCGUCUCCAUCGCCGGUAACCGUCUCAGCCUCACACGCGCCGUCAACUCCUCCUCCGUCACGUUCGGUCUCUCCAACAACGACUCCAUCGUCGACACCUAUAACACCGUCACCGUCGUCUGGGAACACAUCGUUACACAGAGACAAACUCAAACCUUCGCUUGGAGACCAAUGCCGGAAGAGAAACGUGGCUUCACGCUACGGAUCAAGAAGAAAGACAAGAACUUGAUCCUUGAUUCUUACUUAGAUUACAUCAUGGAGAAAGCUAACGAGAUUCGUCGAAUGAAUCAAGAUCGGCUUCUUUACACGAAUUCACGAGGUGGGUCUCUUGAUUCAAGAGGUCUUCCUUGGGAAUCUGUCCCCUUUAAGCAUCCGAGUACCUUCGAUACUCUGGCCAUGGAUCCCGUUAAGAAGCAACAGAUCAUGGAGGAUCUUACGGACUUCGCUGAAUGUCAAUCUUUUUACGAGAGAACUGGUCGGGCUUGGAAAAGAGGUUACUUGCUUUAUGGACCUCCCGGAACAGGGAAAUCGAGCAUGAUCGCCGCCAUGGCUAACUAUCUCCGGUACGACAUCUACGAUCUCGAGCUCACGGAGGUCCAAAGCAAUUCAGAGUUGAGGAAGCUAUUGAUGAAGACUAGCUCCAAGUCGAUAAUCGUGAUCGAGGACAUUGAUUGUUCUAUCAAUUUAACGAAUCGGAACAAGAAACAGAGCACAAGGAGCUACAAUGAACCGGAGAUGUUAACCGGGUCCGGUUUAGGUGAUGAUUUCGGUAAUGGGAACAACUCGAUAACGCUUUCAGGUUUGUUGAAUUUCACUGAUGGACUCUGGUCUUGUUGUGGUAGCGAGAGGAUUUUUGUGUUCACGACGAAUCACAUUGAGAAGCUUGAUACUGCAUUGCUUAGAAGUGGAAGAAUGGAUAUGCAUAUCCACAUGAGUUACUGUACGUUUUCUUCGGUCAAGAUCUUGCUGAGGAAUUACUUGGGGUUCGAGGAAGGUGAUCUUAGCGACGACGUUUUGAAGGAGUUUGAAGAAGUUGUUGAUAGGGCUGAGAUUACGCCGGCUGACGUGAGUGAGGCUUUGAUUAAGAACCGGAGAGACAAAGAGAGAGCUGUGAGGGAGCUUUUGGAGGAUUUGAGAAGUAGAGUGGAGAGAAAUGAGAAGAAUGGGAAAUUGAGGGGUCAAAAUGGGAGCUUGGAAGAGCAAGAGAAAAGAGCUUUGGACAGUGUUUACGCAGAAGAGAACGGAGGAGAGGAAGAAGAGAUUGAGGAUAACAUUUGCAAAAGUAGUGAUGAUUAUUAAGUGUUUUAUGUUUCAUUGUUUCUGACUAGGUUUCUAGCAUUUCUAUGUUUACACAAUGUGAAAGUUGUGUUAUCUUCCUUUGUUUCUCCUUUUUUGGGUAGUUAACUUUUUGAAGUAUUACCAUCUUCAAUAUAUUUCCCUAUUUUUAGCUC